UCUAAUAUGAAGCUCGAGAAGGGGCGUGUGAGCGCGCCGUGAAUGUACGGUCUUGUCAUGACGCAUACGCCAAAUUUAUGCUUUUUAACUUACUGUCUGGUUAUCAAUAACUCAUGAAAAGCUUCGUACAUUGACCAGCAUGUCCGACGAAGAGCUACCGUCUACUUCUCGGGAGGUGCACGCGGAGAAAGAGGAGGAGGACCCGCCAUUCCUCCUAGGCCCCCCUCCUAAAGCUGCGGUGAAGGAGAGCCAGGUGGACCCCGAGUAUGAGGAAAAAAGAAGGCUUCUGUGCACAUAUUUGAGGGAUGACAGAGACAGGAGUAGAAGGACCACGUUUUGGAAUAGGAAAACGGACCGUGCAAACCGGUUCGAGUUCCUGUUGAAGCAGACAGAACUAUUCGCUCAUUUCAUUCAGCCCGCCAGUCAGAAGUCCCCCACCUCGCCCCUGAAGGUGAAAGUAGGGAGACCACGAAUCAAACAGGAUGAGAAACAGAACCUCUUGUCUGUUGCAGAUAACCGCCAUCGUCGGACAGAGCAGGAGGAAGAUGAGGAACUGUUAUCUGAGAGCAGAAGGGCCUCUAACGUUCUUGUUCGAUUUGAGGAGUCCCCUUCAUAUGUAAAGAACGGAACGUUGAGAGAUUAUCAGAUCAGAGGUUUGAACUGGAUGAUUUCUCUCUAUGAGAACGGCAUCAAUGGCAUUCUGGCUGAUGAGAUGGGUCUGGGUAAAACCCUGCAGACGAUUGCGUUGCUAGGCUACCUGAAACACUACAGGAACAUUCCAGGUCCCCACAUGGUCCUAGUGCCCAAAUCAACCCUUCAUAACUGGAUGAAUGAAUUUAAGCGCUGGGUACCCACCCUAAAGGCUGUCUGUCUCAUCGGGGAUAAAGAUGAAAGAGCAGCAUUCAUUCGUGACGUGAUGAUGCCUGGAGAGUGGGAUGUGUGCGUGACAUCGUACGAAAUGGUGAUCCGGGAGAAAUCCGUCUUUAAGAAGUUUAACUGGCGGUAUCUCGUUAUCGACGAGGCCCAUCGCAUCAAAAACGAGAAAUCAAAGUUGUCAGAGAUUGUGCGGGAGUUUAAGACAACCAAUCGUCUGCUGUUGACUGGAACCCCACUACAGAAUAAUCUACAUGAGCUCUGGUCGCUUUUGAACUUCCUGCUGCCUGAUGUGUUCAAUUCUGCCAGCGAUUUUGAUUCAUGGUUUGACACAAAUAACUGCCUUGGUGACACGAAGCUGGUUGAAAGACUUCAUGCUGUUCUGCGUCCGUUCCUGCUGCGUCGUAUCAAAGCGGAGGUGGAGAAAAGUCUUCCACCCAAGAAGGAGGUGAAGAUUUACCUGGGACUCAGUAAAAUGCAGAGAGAAUGGUACACGCGUAUCUUGAUGAAAGAUAUCGACAUCCUAAACUCAGCAGGAAAGAUGGAUAAGAUGCGGCUUCUGAAUAUAUUGAUGCAGCUUCGGAAAUGCUGCAACCAUCCGUACCUUUUUGAUGGGGCGGAGCCUGGUCCCCCCUACACCACAGACACACACUUGGUCAUCAAUAGCGGCAAGAUGGUUGCAUUGGAUAAACUUCUGCCUAAAGUACAAGAGCAAGGUUCCAGAGUAUUAAUAUUCAGCCAGAUGACACGCGUGUUGGAUAUUCUGGAAGAUUACUGCAUGUGGAGAGGGUAUGAAUACUGCAGACUGGAUGGUAACACUCCUCAUGAGGCCAGAGAGCAAGCCAUAGAUGCUUUUAACGCAACAAACAGCAGCAAGUUUCUCUUCAUGCUGAGCACACGAGCAGGUGGGCUGGGGAUUAAUUUGGCUACAGCUGAUGUUGUGAUUCUGUACGACUCGGACUGGAACCCACAGGUGGACCUGCAGGCCAUGGACCGCGCUCACCGAAUCGGACAAACAAAACCAGUUAAAGUGUUCAGACUGAUCACAGAAAACACAGUAGAGGAGCGAAUCGUGGAGAGAGCAGAGAUGAAGUUACGGCUGGACUCCAUAGUCAUACAGCAGGGACGGCUGAUUGACCAGCAGAAUAAAUUGGGGAAAGAUGAAAUGCUACAAAUGAUCCGGCAUGGAGCAACGCACGUGUUCGCCUCUAAAGACAGUGAACUCACGGAUGAAGAAAUUGACACCAUUCUGGAGAGAGGUGCAAAGAAGACGGCCGAGAUGAACGAACGCAUGAAGAAGCUGGGCGAGAGCUCGCUGAGAACCUUUACAGUGGACACAGGUGCAACCGAGACCAGCCUUUACAACUUUGAAGGAGAAGAUUACAGAGAGAAACAGAAACUGAGUUUGAUUGAAUGGAUUGAGCCGCCGAAGAGAGAAAGGAAGGCCAAUUAUGCUGUGGAUGCUUACUUCAGAGAAGCGCUGCGAGUCAGCGAGCCAAGAGCCCCAAAGGCUCCUCGGCCUCCCAGGCAGCCCAACAUCCAGGACUUUCAGUUCUUUCCUCCACGUCUCUUUGAGCUCUUGGAGAUGGAGAUUCUCUACUACAGAAAAACCAUUGCAUACAAGGUUCCACGAAAUCCUGACAUUCCAAAUUCAGCACAGCUCCAGAAAGAGGAACAAGCAAAGAUAGACGAGGCUGAGCCCCUCUCUCCCGAAGAGACAGAGGAGAAAGAGAAGCUACUCACACAAGGUUUCACCAACUGGAACAAGCGUGAUUUCAAUCAGUUUAUUAAAGCCAAUGAGAAGUACGGUCGUGAUGACAUCGACAACAUCGCUAGAGAUGUGGAAGGGAAGACCCCUGAGGAGGUCAUGGAGUACUCUGCUGUGUUUUGGGAACGAUGUAAUGAGCUUCAGGACAUCGAGAAGAUCAUGGCUCAGAUAGAGCGAGGAGAAGCUCGCAUCCAAAGACGCAUUAGCAUCAAAAAAGCCCUGGACGUCAAGAUAGCACGCUACAAGGCUCCAUUCCACCAGCUCCGCAUCCAGUACGGCACGAACAAAGGAAAGAACUACACAGAGGAGGAGGACAGGUUUUUGAUCUGUAUGCUGCAUAAAAUGGGAUUUGAUAAAGAAUACGUAUAUGAAGAACUUCGACAGUGUGUACGAAAUGCCCCACAGUUCAGAUUUGACUGGUUCAUCAAGUCCAGGACUGCCAUGGAGCUCCAGCGUCGCUGCAACACGCUCAUUUCUCUCAUUGAGAAAGAGAACAUGGAGAUAGAGGAAAAAGAGCGAGCCGAGAAGAAGAGGCGAACACCCAAAGGACAAUCAGCUCAGAAGCGGAAAGCCGAAGUGCCCUGUGACAGGAAAGAGAAAAAAUCUCGAACCUGAAGGUCUGAAGUCUUCACUCCCCAUUAUGAAGCACUACGAUAAUCAUACGCCAUGCUACUGUUUUGCCGUUUAUAUGUGACUCGACGCCAGUUUUUUUGAACAUGUACAUUUUAGCAAAAGUUAUUUGGUCACAUAUAGUUGGCAGCUAUAUUUUUUUCAGAAUGUUCUUUUAUUAAAUAGCAUUUUAGCAUGCUGAAAGGGACAGCUUGAGACUGUUCUUAUCUCAUCUGUGUGUUUUUUAAAUGAAAAGAUUUUUGCCUGAGACACUGUUAUUGUACGUUUAAGGUCUCUGUUAUCUGCACCUUAAUCCAUGUGAUGAUCUGUAGCUUUGCACAUCCAGUCUUCUUAAGCUCUUUUCUACAUUCAUGUGUUAUUCAAUGUUGCAUUUAAGCCAUUUUGAGUAUUUUCAUUUGAACUUUUAAACCUUUUUCCGGAUCUUUAUAGGUACAAGUUCAGUAUUAUUAAAAAACUAAAUUAG